ACGAGGAUCGCGCGCAUUGUGAUUCGCUCACAUGGUCUGCGCCGUAAUGCGGAAGCCGUGGACAGUUGACGGAGCGAGGUGAAUCAGUUGGCUAAGUUUAAGACUGGGGUACCGCGUACAUCCACAGCAGUGCGAAGCGGACCAGAGUCAUCGGCGGGUCGGACCGGGGCCAGGGCGCGGGGGCGGGCGGGCCGAUGAUUGAUGCUUUGAGAAGGAGCGGGGGACGCGGGGAGUCUAUUUGAAGAGGCUCAGAGAGCUGUCUUGCGCUGCGUUACAUGCGUGGCGCGUAAAAGUACUGCGAUGGCGAAGCGUUAGACUUGUGCUGAUGUGAUGGUCGCGGAGAACUGGUAACCCGCCCUGCUUGGAAUUUGAUGAAUGCAAAGCUGCAGGUUUCCACGAUGCACUGUGCAAGACGAAUGUCGCAUGUCGCGUUACAUAAGCAGCCUGAGGACGUUCGGAUCAUGAAUGAAUGGAUAGAUGAGGGCAGUAGUGGAGUUACAUAAGUCGUAUCGAACCAUAGCGCGCUCGUCGUUGUUUCCAUCUUCAGGUGCGUGCGUAUCUAGAAUGGCCGCAUGGGGUGCUAGAUGCGGACACCGUACGGAGGUUUGAUGAGACCGAAGACUGAGAAGUAUUUCAUGUACAGAGGUACAGACUGUGUGUAAUGCUGUUUCCAUUAAACAUGAGAUCGAUUUGGUGUUCAUGGUUGGAUCUUCGAGCUCCUCGGAGUGAACGUUUAUCUGGCGCGGAGCUUGAGGACUUCCGUUUGAUUUGCACGACCGGCUUGGAGGCCUGGUAGUACCCGAAUUGACUCGGGCGGCGGUAAAGAAACGCAUGGAAGUUUUUGUGUUAUGAUUGUGAUGUUUGCAGAUCGACCGGUCUACCAAAGAUGUGUAUUGUGAUUGUAGUGAUGGCUGACAACAGUUAGCCUUCUUCCUUGAUCAGACACUAGAGAUGAGCCACACAGUAGGUGAAUGAACUGGUCAUUGAACUGCUUGAUGAAUACAGGAACAGAAACCAAGUUAGUGGAGGGUUGUGUACCUGGCUUCAAGCGCAUGAUUAUCAGCUGAAUAGGGUGAGGGCUGAACGCGAGGAAGCCAUCGACGCCCGGAACCAAAUAUUCUCAAGAUAUUGACAAAGAUCCAUAGAUCUGUCAACUGCGGAGCUACCGAUUUCAACAUUCAAUCGUUUGGGUCCUAUAAGAUUCGGUCUCUUGCCUCGGAACAUCGUGGAGCUUUGAACAUUUUCCCAUAUCAUCGCUGAGUGCCGUGAGUAGUGCAGACUUGUAUACAUAACGUCAAACAUUUUUUGAAUCCCCGCGAUCUAAGCCGUGGGUUUCUUUUGACAAAAAGUGACUUAAUUCUUCACUGUAACUUCAACGGUUCAAGAAUUUCAUAAAACUUGAUAGUCUUUUUGGAGAAUGAAAAGCAAAAAAAAUAUUAUCUCUCAAAGCGUCCGCGUUUCGUCGACGCAACGGGAGUAAUUGCAAGAAAACAUCCUAAACCGCCACAAGCGGGAAUUUCAGAUCCGCGUAUAAGUGAAGACACCUGAAUUAGGGUAUCGAUUGGGUUUCAAGUGCUCACUCAAAUAUGUGUGUGAGCAUGUGCUUCCAGUGGGUACAUAGCGAUGCACGGAUCUGAGAAGCACAGUGUGUGCAGACACAUUUGCAUACAGUAAAGGAGCUGUGGAAUGACUGGCAAGGCAACGGGUCACCUAGGUCUCAAAUCAUGAUCAGCGCGAGGCGACAGUUGGGCCCAUUGAAAGCAACUAGGCGAGUCAGCUAAAAAAUUAAUAGGAAACUAUUGAACGACUGCAAUAACUGCAGUCCAGCGACGGGUACUGCGGAGGCGGCCGUGCUGGUCGACCUAGAGAUCUGGGGAGCCGACGAACAUAAUCCACUCCUACAACUGCCAUGGUUAAUUGCAGCAGGAAGUCAAUUGCGCAAUGUGCCUGACACCAAGUCUGAAAUUUUACUGUACGAUUGUGCACCCAAUGGACUACUGACUGGAAUCAUUCAAGUCUCGGGGCAUCAUGUCUUCAUCGCCGCAAUCUUCAAGAGGGAAGUCAGAUCCCAGCUUCCACAAUUUCAUCGAGGAAGAGUUAAGGGCCGGGUCGACUACCAGGAGCAAUUCGGAGCUAGAUGCAAAAGAUGCCCAACGCAGUCAGGAAGAAAGGCUGAAGGAUCUUACAUGCAGAAGUGCUGAUUGUGAUUCGAUUCGGGCCUCCGAUGAAUUGCACGGAGAAGCCUCGACAAUACCGGCACCUACGACUAGCAGUCCACCUCAUCGCUCCAUCGCCACUGCAAAUGAAGGUUCAAGAAGCUACAAAGAGGAUUAUACUAAUCUGCAUACUUGGGACGUCGUCAGACAACAGCUGAGGAAACUCAGCACAGCGUUCGCUGAUUGGAACAACCGACGUACGCUGAAAAGAAUAUGUGCAAGUUCGCAGGUUUUGCGCACGUACCAUGAUUCGUUCUUGUUCGGUGUUGUUCCCUUCUCCAUACAAGCGAGAAGCAAGCUCAGGGCUGGCGUUGUCGGAGUGGGGUGGCACGUGUUGGAAUUCACGCUUGCUCUCAUGUCUGGUGUUCUCUACGUUUACUCCACAUAUCGUCGAGAAGCACAAAACAACUGGGUAUCUCAAACUCAAAAUGUUAUCAGUGUUGCAUUUCUUGCUGACUAUAUAAUGAGAGUCUAUUGUGAGCCUGUUCGCUUGUACUACCUAGUCUCAUUCUGGGGAGUGAUUGAUUUCCUCAGCGUUGUUCCCGUCAUCCUUGUAUUCAGAAGCUUUCCCACCGUUGACAGUGUAAUAAGGUUGUUACAAUUUGUUCGAAUCUUGAGACUAUUUGCCUUAUCAUAUAGGGUUGGACUGUUUGGAAGCUCAGUGAUGCAGCAAAUAAUCCUGCUGACAAUUGCAACGUUUGGUGUUAUAUUCUUGGAUGCGGGUAUUCUUCACUGGGUGGAGUAUGAUGUUGCGCCGAGUGUGAGGAAGGAUACGUGCCCAGAGCAAGGGUGCAUCACCUUUUGGGAGGCGUUUUACUUUCUCAUUGUAACGGUUUCAACGGUAGGCUAUGGAGAUAUUACCCCGAAGACAGUUUUGGGUCAGCUCGUGACUAUUGUGACAAUCGUCGUUGCACUUACCAUCCUGCCUCUUCAAAUUGGGCGGAUCACCACACUGGCGUACCGAAGACCAUAUGGAGGUUCGUAUAGCGCAAGGAAGAUAGUUGGCUCCCGCUUUCUUAUUAUAAGUGGGAGCAUCUCAGUUCAAUCGAUUCAAAACUUUCUGGCGGAAUUUUACAAUCCCAUUCGUUCUGAAGACCUUCAGGCAUAUCCGCUGCGUGUUGUUAUCUUGGCUCCAUUUUCCCCAACAUUCGAACUGAAGCAGGUUCUCUCUCUUUACGAUGAUUUGGUUGAGUUUAUUGAAGGCUCACCCGUUCGACAGUCUGAUCUUGAGCGUGUUAGCGCAGACAAAGCAAUGGCUUUCUUUCUUCUUGCAGACCAUGACGCUCCAGAUCCCCAAGUUGAAGACUCGGCCCAGAUAGUCCGAGCCUUGGCUGUGCAUCGCUUUUGUCGCGGACAACGCCACCGACGCGACAUGCGGAUCCUCUUGGAAGUACUUGAUCCUGAAACACAGACAAGUGCUGUCUGGGAUGAGUCGCAUGCUGGGGGUAUUGAGGUCAUAUGUCCAGUAAAGGUUCACUACAAGAUGAUGGCACGUAGCUGCUUGGUAAGAGGCUUGUACACGCUCAUCACAAACUUAUUUACUGCGGAGAUCCAUCUAAAACAUCUGAACAAAAAUCACUUCUUGACGGAGUAUUUCCAUAGUUUUGACAACGAGGUUUAUCCGGUCAUCCUUCCACCAAUUUUCUAUGACGUUCCGUUCGAAGAUGUGGUUGAGAUUCUCCAUGCGACCUUCAACAGCACUUUGUUUGCAAUCGAUACACUGGUUCUAUACAAGGGGAAGGCAGUCCGAAAGGUGCUACUCAAUGCUAGAGGUUAUCGAAUCAGACCAGAUGACGUUGGCAUCGUGAUCUCCAAUGACCUCCACACAGCAUACGCGAUUUCAACGUUUGACUCAAGUGAUGAAGACAUUAGAUCCCGGCUUAUUAGAAACUUAUGCGACUAUUCUAGUGAUGAUUCGGAGAUCAGGAGAAAUAAUGAAGGGAUGGAAGUUCGAACUAAAAGCGGCAGGUGGAGGCGAAAUCGGGCAAAUCUCUUUCGAGGCAGCAAUCCUGUCGUUGGUAUAGAAAGUGCUUCUCUGGGAAGCAGUAGCCCUAGCAUUUUUCCGAAGGGUCCGUCAUUUAUGCUGGAGAGACAGUUCAGAUCAGUUAUUCGUAGAGUCUUCUCUGUGAAAGACUUCUGGGAUCCUAAUGUUGUUCAUCGAGUGGGUCCCCAAGAAAUAGGGAUACUCCAGGGCCGCGACCUCGAAAUGCCAGAAGUGGAAACUGAUGUGGACAGCACCAGCUAUUUAGAGUCAGAACGGGUUCAUACUUCGCUCGAGUUCCGCUUUCCCAAGGGUAUAUCUUUAGAGAAAGCGGCUGAAGAUCUUCUUGCAUGGCCUCCGUUAGCACUCAACCAGCGACCUCACCCAGCUGUUCUCCAUCGAAGGGCAGACCUUAUUUUGAAAAAUCUUCAAGAGAGAACACUUUCUAUGGUUGCGUUUAAUACUCCACACAUUCUAGUGUGCUGCCAAGCAGGUUGGCCUACCCAUCUAUUUUACUUCCUCUUGGAGCUACGCAAGCCAGGCUCUCCCAAUCCUCCAAUUGUCAUACUCUAUCCUCAAAUACCGAGUGCGAAACAGUGGGGCAGUGUAGGAGUUUUCCACGGUGUAUUUUAUCUGAAAGGUUCUCCUGUUUAUGAACUGGAUUUGAUGCGCGGUGGCGUUCUUCAAGCAGGGAAUGUUGUUAUUUUAUCUGAUCAAGGUAUACCUGUUGAUUUUGGGGCUUGCGGAUCUGAGGACAGCAAGUUUGUGAAGAGAGCCCCAACGGCAUACACGAGUGAUGUCGAUAACAUCGUAAUUGCGGCCAAUGUACAAAGAUUGUACGGAAGGAAGUCAGUAGAACUAAUGAUUGUGGAGAUGCAGCAUGCCGAGACAUUUUAUUACCUUGAGCCCCAGUAUGAAAUGUCUCAUGCGCAUUUCUCGCAAAGUGAUUUGAAGCGCAACCGAGAUAUCCUCAAUCAUUUCGUUCUUCCAUUCAUGGAAGGAAAGGCUAUAUCUUCAAGCAUGCUUGGCUUCCUUUUGAGAUCAUCCUUUUACAACAAGAAUACUGUUUCCGUAGUGGAGCAACUGGUGCAAGGAGGUGGAACCUAUAACGUGAAGGCGCCUCUGAAAACGGGUGAGGCAGAGAUGCACGAACAUGAUGAUGCUGACGAUAUCGAUGAUAAUAUUUUGAAAUUGCUAGCUCAAAUUACUGUCCCUGCACAGUAUGCGGAUAGGCCCUUUUCUGAGUUAUUUCACGGACUUUUGAGAGAACAAGGUGUUAUAGCUCUUGGUUUGUUUCGUGUGAAAGGAACAUUGGGUGCUCCAAGCCCUUACGUUCUGACCAACCCUAAGAGCAAUUGGAUUGUGAAUCCAGAUGAUCUUGUUUAUAUCAUCACGUGAUGCCUGUAAAAAUUUAUCCUACUAGUAAAGCUUGAUCCAAUGAGAGUAUCUGACUAUACUACAAUGUCGUUGGUCGCGCGAUUUGAAAGAAGACAUUCAUCUUAGUGGCCACUGAAAGCAAAGUGGGUGUGGAUUGAAUACCACCAGAUUGAAGUGAAGGUUACAUACAGCAGGCAAGCAUGUUUGGACAGGCCACUCUUUAUCCCACCAUCCGAGCCAAACGUUAGAAUGAUUCUUAGCGUUUUUCCAUGUACAAUUAGACUUGAUGCCCGUCUUGCACCUCAACACUUUAUUAGUAUUAUAACAUAAUUUUGAAAAGGUAUGAUUCAUCAUAAUUAAGAUGAAAAGUAUGAUGUUUUGGAUUAUAAAUUAAUUUCAUUAGUUUCAUACAUGAAUGAUAUCUAUGAUUAUAAAUGUUAUAAAAGAUAUAUUCACGAAUUAAUUUAAAAAUUUGUCAAGAAGUAAUGACUUUGCAAUCAUUUGUUAGAGAUUUAAAUCUAUAAAAUCUUAGUUUAUUUAACUACUUAAUUUGUCAUUAUGUACAAGAAUUUUUCAAAACUCUCAUUAAUACAAAUAAUAGUUUUUUAUUUAAAGCUUAUAAUAUAGCCUAUAAUCUAAGUGACUAUAAAUCGAACUUGGCAUGCA